AACAGAAAGUGACAUUAUGAUUAACUUUGAUCUAUCUCGCGAUAGGUUAAGCACUGUCAAAAAGACAAGACUGUUGUUAUAAUCUCUGUGAAAUGAGUGACUUUCAGCGAGGACUCAUCUGAACGCCUCUGAUUGGCCAUUGCACUCCUAAGCUCAACAGAAUCGAGGUCCUAAAACUGCAGCUUCCGAUUGUGCAGGAAUACCCUGCUCGAUGAAACAGGGCUGAUAAACAGUAGAAACAUUGAGAACGAUACAGUAAAUAAAUGUAGUGUAGUUAUUUAUCUGUAGCUGUUAAUGACGAUGGGUGUCAGCAGAUUUCUGUUUAUGCUUUCAUUGUUCAUUCUUACUGUUAUUUAGAAAUGCAUAGAUUAUGAGCAUUAGCACACAUGUGAGAGCAGUGUUACUGAAUGAGCAGUUUAAUCUGAUGUGCUCUACACUCUUUUAAUAUAUGUGAUAUAAUGAUUCAAAAAGAGACAACACUUCUUGAUUUCUUCUUGAUUUCUUGUUGAUUAUGGUAAAUCUGCUGCUUCCUAGGGAUGGCUGACGCGAAACUAACGUUUCGACACAGUGUCGAGAUCCCGAAGCGUAGAUGUUUCGAAACACUGCUCCGAACUGUGAUUCAAAACACCCAUGUCACGUGACUAUGGCUAAACGAAGCUUCUGCGCGUUUCAUAAGUGUCUCGACCGACAGGUGGCACGCUUGCCGAGUCUGCGUUUGAUUGACAGGGGCGGGAACAAACCACACAAUCGCACAUCUGUCUCAACUGCCACAAAGUUUAAAAGAGGAGUUAAUGCACCUUCACCUCGUGGGUUUUUGUGAGAGGAGAAAGAUUUUGAGAUAGCGUUUACGAUUUAUUGACAUUUAUAGUGCGAUUUAGUUAGUUAUAUUUAGGUUACAUUUAAGUUAAAUAUAUUUACUGAUAAACUAAAGACAGUGACAGAUAGUUAGGAUAGAUAUAGUGACACAUUUAUAUAGGCUAAGUUAGAUAUUGACAGAUAGCACAGUAGUUAGAGAUAUAGAAUUUAGAUAGAUUCAUAUAUAUAUAGAUAGAUAGAUUCAUAGAUAUAUAAAUUUAUAUAUAGAUUCAUAUAUUAAUAUAUAUAGAGAGAGAGAGAGAGAGAGAGAGAUUCAUAUAUAUAUAUAUACUUUCAUAAAUAUAUAGAUUCAUAGAUAGAUAGAUAUAUAUAGACAUUAAUAGAAUAGAUAGAAAUGGAGGCUCCACAGAAGAGAUGCCGUAAAUCUGUGGUGUGGGAGCAUUUCCAUUUGGUAACCCCAAAUAAAGUGAGAUGUAUGUAUUGUGAUAGGCAGCUAGCCUACUUCAACAAUACAUCAUCCAUGAUGCGCCAUUUGAGGAGCACUCAUCCUGCCAUUUUGCAGUGUGCAGAGGAUGGUAACAUUCCCCCUGUACCUAGGCCUGCUACUGACACUGCUGGGCCAUCUAAACAAGGCAGACAGAGGGAAUUGGAUGAGGCUCUUGUAGACAUGGUGGUAAAGGAUUUGCAGCCCUUCACUAUCGUGGAGGAUGAGGGUUUCAUGGCUUUUGUGAACAAACUUGAUCCAAGCUAUGUCCUCCCAUCCCGGAAGGCACUUAAAACGAUGGUAACCGAAAGGUACAACAUUUCUAAGGAGAAGACAAUGGAGGACCUAAAAAAGGCAGAUUUUGUUAGCCUUACAGCUGACAUGUGGUCCUCCAUUAAUAUGGACGGAUACCUUGGUGUUACUUGCCACUACAUAACACCAGAGGCAAAGCUGGCAACUGUUGUACUGGGUGUAAGGAGGUUUUACCAAACACACACAGCCCAGCAUCUCAUGGAGGCUAAAGCUUUGCUAAUGGCCGAGUGUGGAAUAACCACCAAAGUUCAGUGUAUGGUGACUGAUAAUGCAUCCAACAUGAUCUUAAGUGCCCAGCUACUGAACCUUCGGCAUGUCCCAUGUUUUGCCCACAAUUUAAAUUUAAUUGUAAAAAAGGCCCUAGAUCAAACCCCACUCAUCAAUGAAAUACGACAGAAAGCCAGAAAGAUAGUGGGGUUAUUUAGAUCCAGCUGCAAAGCAAAGGACAAGCUUGUGGAGAUGCAGGGCUUGAUGGGCAGACCAGCUCUGAAACUGAUGCAGGAGGUGGACACAAGAUGGAACAGCACUUACGACAUGUUGCAGCGCUUGUAUGAGCAACGAGAGCCAGUGGGUGCAGCGCUAUCAAAUUUAAACAGUGAUACUGCUCCGCUGACAAGUUUUGAGUAUAACAUUAUACAAGAAUCAUUGUCACUACUGCAGCCUUUCAAACUCGCAACGACAGAGUUGUCAGAGGAACAGAGAGUGUCUGCUUCAAAGCUCAUUCCACUUUACAGGAUGUUGCAGCACAAGCUAUCGCAGAAAAAAGGCCAAUCAGCACAGGAAUCAACUGCACAAUUAGGUAGGCCACAAUGACCAUACUACUGUAUGUAAUGUAUUGGCCACAACUGUCAUAUUAUUUAUGACAAGAAGGUCUGCACUCAAGAUGUGGUGGGUACGAGUCAUUCAGAGCCUUGGCUCUGGCUACACUGCUGGACCCAAGGUUAAAAAAUGUGGGUUUUGGAAAUCCUGCCAAAGCCCAGGAGGCUGAAAAGCAGAUCACACUGGAGUGUGCUUCGCUGAUGCGUUCAAACACAGCAACUCCUGGUAAGCAGUUUCACUCUUCAUCUGACAUUAUGGAGUUAUGUCAUCUGAAUAAUUAUGUGACUUAUACUUCAUAUAUGCUGUCAGUUUAGACUUAGUAACUAAUUGUUGUUUUUACUUUCAUUCAGAGCCACAGUCAACAUCAGGCCCAUCAUCAUCAUCAUCAUCAACAACAACAUCAACAACAGAAACCCAGGACAGUUUAUGGGAACUUUUUGAUAGUCGUAUCCAUGAAACCCAGGCGAUACACAGUGCCACAGCAGAUGCCACAGUAGAAGUUAAAAAGUACCUAAAAGAUGCAUUUUUGCCAAGAACCCAUGAUCCACUAAGUUACUGGAAAGAGAGAGCUGUGAUUUUUCCUCAUUUGUAUGUCCUUGCUAAAAAAUAUCUAUGCAUGCCAGCAACAAGUGUCCCUUGUGAGAGGAUUUUUUCUAAGGCUGGAGAAAUUAUCAGUAAAAAAAGAAGUAGGCUAAGCCCUUCCACAGCAGAGCAAUUAAUAUUUUUGAAUAAAAAUCUUUAAAAAAAAAAAAAAAAAUUAGACCAUUGUGGAUUUAUUUGUUUUAUUCAUUUUUCAUGACCAAAAUAACCUAGUUAUUAUUAUGAUAUAGGAUUAUAUAGGAUAUUAUUAUAGGAUUUUAAAAUAUCACCACAUUAACGAAAACAAAAUAUUUUUAUUUAUUUUUAAAUGGCUUGUUGUCAAAGUUGUUUCAGAUAACAUGGGCAAUUGGCCACUAGGUGUCACCGUGGAGACGGGUGUCGGUAAAGUUUCGAAGCCUCGAAACAAAUACGGCACUUUGCUUCAACUGUUUCAGUGUUUCAUGAAGCCUCGCUCUGCCCACCACUACUG